AUGGAUGGAAUGUUUCAAGGGGAUUCCGAGCUCCAACUGCAGCGGAUGAACGUAUAUUUUGUGGAAGGUCCAGGUGGUAGGUUCGUUCCGAGAGCUAUUCUGGUCGAUCUCGAUCCAGGAAGCUUGGACUCAGUGAUGUCCGGACCAUGCGGAAAACUGUUCAAGCCGGACAACUUUGCGACGGGUCAGGCUGGCGCGGCGAAUAAUUGGGCGAAGGGUUACUAUACCGAAGGCGCCGAAUUGGCCGACAUUGCGUUAGAUCUGAUUCGCACGGAAGCUGAGGCUUGCGAUUUGAUGCAAGGUAUUCAAAUAGUCCAUUCGCUGGGCGGCGGAACUGGCGGUGGAAUGACCGCGUUGCUAAUGACCAAGCUAAAGGAGGAAUAUCCGGAGAGAAUACUCAAGACUUACAGCGUGAUACCGUCUCCAGUGAUGUCGGACGUGGUGGUAGAACCGUACAACGCCAUCCUCACUCUCGGCAAAUUGAUCGAGUACAGUGAUCAAACGUUCUGCAUCGACAAUCGAGCGUUGCAUCACAUUUGCAUGCGCGUCUUAAAGAUCAUCACGCCAACGUUCAGCGACGCGAAUCACUUGGUAUCCAGUUACAUGUCAGGAAUCACGGCUUGCUUCAGAUUUCCCGGCCAAUUAAAUACCGACCUGAGAAAAUUACUGAUCAACCUAGUGCCCUUCCCGAGACUCCACUUUUUCGUUCCCGCAUACGCGCCCCUCCUCUCCCAAAGCGCCGCGCCGUAUACGGUGCUCUCGGUACCGGAAUUGACGCAGCAGUUAUUUAACACGAACAGCAUGUUUGUCUGCUGCGACCCGAGACAGGCCAAAUUCCUCACGGUGGCUGCCAUCUUCAGAGGCAGAAUGUCGACCAAGCUCGUCGACGAGCAAAUGUUGAAUAUACGAAACAGAAACAGUCCGUAUUUCAUCGAGUGGAUACCGAACAACGUUCAAACUGCGAUCUGCGACAUCGCUCCGCGAGGACUCGCUAUGAACGCCAGCAUGGUAUCAAACACGACGGCGAUACAGGAACCGUUCAAAAUGUUGGUGGACGCGUUCGACGGUAUGAUGAAGAAACGGGCGUAUUUGCAUUGGUACACGGCCGAAGGAAUGGACGAGACCGAAUUUUCUGAUUCCCGAUCGACGAUGUACGAUCUCGUCUCGGACUAUCAACGGCAACAAGAAGCGGCGGCGGAAACCAGCUUCGACGAGGAUCUGGUGGCGGAGUACGAGGAUUGA